CCAUGUUCAUCCAUGCCAAAUCACAAACCUUCGUGUUUCGACAUCGCCAGCCGUAGAGUCAAUUCCACCUCCAUCGAGCUCAGUCGUUGCCAGCGGAUUCGACAUCGCAACUAGCCUCAUCACCUAGCUCUUCCUAAUCCUGUCGAUCCGGUCAAUGUCUGCCUGCUCCCCAGCAGCAUCCAUGGGACACCUUUCUCUUCCGUCAUAGUAUUUCGAUAGCGUCGUGUGUUGCUGCGCCUUUCCAACACUCCUUUUCCCUCUAUCUCCGCCCUCAUCCGACCGACUUGAUACCGCUCGUUUCACCUUCGCUGCUAUACGGAUGCCGAUAGACAGCUUUUUUCGACUUCCCUUUGAUACAGCGCACCUCUGAUUCCUGUACCUGACCGGCGACAACCGCGACGAUGCCGUCGGAUCGCGACCACCGGUACGAAUCUGUACCGCCAAUCCCCAGUUACGAUGAAGCCCUCGCCACAAGCGGCCCGGCCGACCCCUCCGAAUGGCAACCCCCGCGCUCCCCGCUAGACGACCGUUCUCAGGCCGAGACGGAAUCGCAGUCGCUGCUACACAGAAACGGCGUCGCAACUUCAUCACGUCGCCCAAACGGUUACAGGCCGCCAACAGUUGAAACAGAUGACGAAGAUAGCUCAUGGGGCAGCGACGACGAUGGCGACGAGACGGCAUACGUGCGCCGGGAGAUGCAAGAGUUCGAGAUAGGGGACGCCGACGACAGAUCGCGCCCGUCAAUAUGGGGGAAACGGAUACCAUUCGCCCUCUCCUUAUCACGCUGGAAGUGGUCUUGGCGAUGGCGGAUGCCAAAUUUGCGUCCAACAAUUCGACUGCCCUCGGGCUCGGGCGACAACUCCAACAAUUCGAACGAGGCGAAUGCGACGACGACGAGACCGCGGUUUACGUUCCCUCAAUGGAACAAGGACAAGGCGCGGACGGCCAUUAUCAUUUUUGCCCGGGUGUUUGCUGUUGUCUUCGUCAUGGGCAUUCUUUACGCACUUUUCAUGAGCGAUCUUUUCACGAGCAUGGCUAGGCGCAUGAACGGCGGAUUGCGCUUCAACCCCGAGGACGUACGCUUGUACGUGCAACAAAACGUUGAGGGCCGCCGGCUGAAGGCGUCGGUAGCUCAUUACACCAAAUACGCCCACAUGGCAGGAACUGAGGGCGACUACGCUCUGGCUAUGGAUGUCGAGUCUAUGUUCACCAGAGCCGGGCUGGAUUAUGUCAACGUCGACGAAUACUACGUAUACAUGAACUACCCAAAGGCCGGAGGACGCGCCGUGGAGAUAAUGGGCGAUGACGGGAAGCCAAAAUGGACUGCGAAGCUGGAGGAAGAGGAAGUUGGAGGAGAAGCAGCUGGAUACCAGACUUUUGUGUUCCACGGCCUCUCCAAGUCAGGAGACGUUAAGGGACCCCUGAUUUACGCCAACUACGGUGCGAGGUCUGAUUUCAAGAAACUUGCGGACCACGGCAUCGACACCAAGGGCGCGAUCGCUCUUGUUCGUUAUUAUGGCCCCCAGGCAAACCUGGCUUUGAAGGUCAAGGCGGCAGAGGACGCUGGUUUCGCUGGCUGCAUCGUGUACAGCGAUCCGGCGGAUGACGGCUUCAGAUUGGGCGAUGUCGCGCCGAACGGUCGCUUCAUGCCCGCCGAUGGUGUUCAGAGAGGCACCGUCGGGCUAUCGAACUGGGUCCUUGGUGACCCCCUGACACCCGGCUGGGAGAGCAAAAAGAACUUGCCGCGCAUGAAGCCCGAUGAGAGCAAGGGUCUGACCAAGAUUCCCAGUCUGCCCCUCGCAUGGCGCGAUGCACAGAUCCUACUUCAGCAUCUCAAGGGCCAUGGCGAGCAGGUACCAAAGGAAUGGGCAGGAGGCGUUCCCGAUAUUGCCGAGUGGUGGACGGGUAACUUAUCUUCGCCCAUUGUACGACUCAAGAACGACAACGACGUUGUGGAGCAGAAGGGUAUCUGGAACGUUUAUGGCAAAAUCGAGGGCAUUGAGCAGGAUCAGAAGUCCAUCAUCAUUGGAAACCACCGAGAUGCCUGGUCCUUCGGUGCGACGGAACCUCACUCGGGCACGGCGGUGCUGAUUGAGAUGGCACGCAUAUUUGGCACACUCGUCUCUAAGGGAUGGCGUCCUCUUCGAAGUAUCGAAUUCAUGUCGUGGGAUGCUGAGGAGUACAACAUGAUCGGCUCCACCGAAUUUGUUGAGCACAACGACGAACUGCUCAGGCAAAACGCAUUUGCCUACAUCAACCUUGACUCUGCCGUAGCAGGCAGCGAGUUUCAUGCCGCAGGAUCCCCCGUCUUCAAACAGGCUGUUCUCCGCGUCAUCGACCGCGUUUUCGACGCAAGCCUGAACGCGACCGUCCGCGAUCUCUGGAAUCAACGAGAAGGUGACUUGGAAGAGCUCGGAAUGGACGGCGACUGGGCUCCCUUCCAGAACAUUGCCGGCACCAGCUCUCUGGACCUCGGCUUUAGGGGCGCACGAUUCCCCGCGCAAUCCAGCUAUGACAACUACGAAUGGGUCCAGCGCAUCGGUGACCCAGAGUUCGCGUACCACGUCAUGAUGGGCCAGAUUGUCGGCCUCCUAAUCCUGGAGCUUGCGGAUAAGCCCAUUCUACCAUUUGACAUGGUGGGCUACAGCGAGCGCAUCGAGCGCUACAUCAACGACCUGGCCAACUUUUGCGAGCACAUGGGCGCGGGUACGCAAGACAAGUUCUCGCUGGAGCCUCUCAAGAAGCUCAUUGCGGCAACCAAGGUCAACGUCAAGGGCUUCUCCAUGUGGGAGAUGACGUGGGAGAGCACAGUCAUGGGCGGAGGCGGCUGGGAGUCGGGCGAUAUGGGCGACAAGCGUAUUCAGUUCAACAACCACAUGGCCGAGUUUGAGACGGCGUUGCUGGACCUUGAGCAGGGAGGUGGUAUGCCCGACCGUACCCAAUUCAAGCACGUCAUCUUUGGGCCCCAGGCCUGGUCCGGCAACAAGCCCGUCACUUUUGCCGCCAUCCGCGAUGCCGUCGAGGCCGGCAACUGGGAGCUCGCGAACAAGCUCGUCGAGAAGACGGCGCGUAUCAUCCAGAACGCGACAAAUUCGCUGUCCGAAUGGGAGAAGGCUGCAGAGAGCAGCUGAUCCUAACACCGCCUCCGUUGCUUGGGAGGAUUUCGUUUUCUUGUGUGUUUUUGUAUGAGGUUGGAGUGUGUUGGGUGUGUUUGAGUGUCACAAAUUUUUUUUGAAUGCAUGACACCGUGCAUGUACCAAGGGGGCCGCUUGCUCUCAAUUCCUUUAUGUACGUCUUUUUUUCUCUCUCAAAAAACUCCGUUUGGUGGCUCUUCUGGGGUUUGAUGGCCUAUUAGCGCCCGUCGCGAAAGCCUGCUGCCGACUCUGUUUGUUGUUUCUGGCAUUGCAAGGAGUUUAGGGAGGGAUCCUGCUACUCAACACCAUUAUUCCGAAAUUCUUUUUUUUUAUGUUCCGAAGGUAC